UAGCAAAAUCCUUAGUUUACAAGCAUUCUCUUCUCGUCUAUCUUAAAUUCUUCUCAGCGGAAGCCGUCUUCUAGUUUCUUUGUUUUUUUGUUCAGGAACCCUGAAAUCUCUAGCUUCUAUCCAUGGAUCCUCCUCAAGAUCCAGUCAGUUACAUCUGUGGAGACUGUGGGAUGGAGAACACACUGAAGCCGGGCGAUGUCAUUCAGUGUAGGGAGUGUGGUUAUCGCAUCCUUUACAAGAAGCGAACCAAACGAAUUGUGCAGUAUGAAGCUCGCUGAAUACAAAGGGAGAGCAACAAAAUAGCAAUGGAUAUUAAAGGCUGUUAAUGGUGUUAGAUAUUAAACUGAUAACUAUCAUUGUAAUCUAAUGGGUUGUUUGGAGAACUGCGAUAUUGUUCGUUAAGUUAUACUCUAGUACUAUCCUGCAGCAUUGCACUUGUAAUAGUAAUAUGGUGCUUAAUUCUAUUUUGAACCUAGCAGACAGGUUGAUCAGUAUCAUUGUGCAAUUUUGAACUUGUUUCAGUGCUUCUCUAAA